AUGCGCAGAUAUUUCACCGCAACGGUCCCCGGCCCAGGGCAUAAAUCUCACAAAUGGACCUCGCCUGUUUGGGCAGUGACCUGCGAGACGCCGUCCGCCAUUUACCGGGCUCCGUUGAUGAGCGACCGGACGAAUCGAGGACAACAGCAAGUGGUCAGUCGUCAGCAGCUGAAGACCGAAGCAAUGGAAGGUGACGUUGGUCACUACGUGGCCAAAGAAGGAGCUCACAGGAGUCAGAACAAGCGUAUGUUUUCGCGACAUCCAAAGACCGCCUCGACGAAGCGUUUUGCUGCCUCCUGCGGGUCGUCCUCGCCAUCAUCCGAAUUCGUAGCCUCCAAGGAGGAAACCGGCAUCACUGACCGGUCGUUGAACGACCAGCCUCGGACCUCAUCGUCCUCGUCCUCCUGUUUCUAUUCAAUUCAGUCGAUCCUGAACAGCACGUCUUGCUCGACGUCUUCGUCGAGGCCUCCACGUCGCGCCGCCAGCCCAAGCGCAACGUCAACAGGUGACGACGAGGCGCUGCAGAAGUACUGUAGAUCUUCGAACGUUCUGAACGGCGUAGCGAUGGCGUCGUGGUUCAACUCGUCGUCCAACUUCGUCUACUCGUACCUACUGCCGAAGAUAUGGUACCAAGACCCUAGAUUCGGCGCCAUGUGGCAGGCGGCAGCGCAGCAUCAGCGGCUGAAGAUGAAGCCGGACAUGGAGAAGGACGCUGAUCCGGUGACGACGUGCAAAAAGCAGAGCCGACCGACUUUCACCGGUCCGCAGAUUUUCAUUCUCGAAAAGACGUUCGAGCAAACCAAAUAUUUGGCCGGAAUGGACCGGGCGAAAUUGGCCACCCGUUUGGGCAUGACCGAAAGCCAAGUUAAGGUAUGGUUCCAGAACCGACGAACGAAAUGGCGGAAACACGAGGCGUCGAAAAUGGCGAAAGCGAAAAACGACCAGGACCGCCUUCUGCAGUCGCACAGAGCCCAGCACUCGCUGAGUCUUACGUAA